GCUGUUAUCGUCAUCAUGUUGAAGUCUAAGACCUUCGUGAAGAAGACCCGGUCUGGCGGGGUGAUGAAAGUAGUUCGUGAACAUUAUCUGAGAGAUGAUAUUUGGUGUGGAAGCGAAGUUUGCAGUGAAUGCAAACAGGAGUCCACGGUGCUGCAAAGAGACGCGUGUAUGGAGAGCAACCUGUGCUCAUAUCCACAUUAUCUACUCCCUGACACCAAUGUGGUCUUACAUCAGAUUGACGUGUUGGAGGAUCCUGUGAUUCGAAACGUGAUUAUCCUUCAGACUGUGCUGCAGGAGGUUCGUCACCGCAGUGCACCGGUCUAUAAACGCCUGAAGGACAUCAUACAUGAGAAAGAGAAACAUUUCUACACCUUUACCAACGAACACCACAGAGAGACAUUCAUUGAGCGUGAACCGGGUGAGAGCGCCAAUGACCGUAACGACCGCGCCAUCCGCGUGGCAGCCAAAUGGUACAGCCAGCACCUGAAGCCAUCAGAGUCUGACGGGCUCAAGGUGGUCCUCCUCACCAAUGACCGAGGGAACAAGGAGAAGGCAGAGGAGAAAGGCCUGCUGGUGUACAAAUUUGAAGAAUACAUCAAGAGCCUGAUAGCAAACCCUGAGCUGGUGGAUCACCUUGCGCUGUCAAAUGACGACAAGAAUGAGAUCAGCAGCAGUAAGGUGUUAUUCCCAGAGCACCUUCCUCUGUCCAGGAUCCAGACUGGCAUCAAAAGUGGCUCCUUCCUCCAGGGCACCUUCAGGGCCAGUAGGGAUAACUACCUGGAGGCAUCAGUCUUUGUUCAAGGAGAGGAGGAAGACAGCACAGAGGUUCUUAUCCAGGGUCUGCAGAACCUCAACAGAGCGGUUCACCAAGACGUGGUUGCCGUGCAGCUGUUGCCUAAGAAUGAGUGGGUGGCACCCUCUUCAGUGGUGCUGCAGGAUGAGGGCAAAGCAAAGGAUGAUAACGCUGAGGAAGAAGAGGAGGAGAAGGCUUUGAGGGUCUCAGCAGCCGAAGCAGCCAGGAAGCCCACAGGCAAAGUAGUGGGAAUCAUCAAAAGGAACUGGAGGCCGUUCUGCGGCAUGCUCAAUGUUUCCCAAAUCAAAGAGUCAACGCGCCACCUUUUCACGCCAGCUGACCGCCGUGUUCCACGCAUUCGCAUUGAAACACGUCAGGCAGCGUCACUGGCAGGCCAGAGGAUCAUGGUGGCCAUCGAUGGCUGGCCCAAACACUCCCGGUAUCCAAACGGUCACUUUGUGCGUAGUUUGGGCAACGCUGGGGAAAAGGACACAGAGCAGGAAGUCCUGCUUCUGGAGCAUGAUGUUCCCCACCAGGCCUUCUCUCAGGCUGUGCUCAGUUUUCUUCCCAAGAUGCCGUGGGCCAUAACACCAGAGGAUAUGGCAAAGAGACAGGACCUGAGACAUCUGACAGUGUGCAGCGUGGAUCCUCCAGGAUGUACAGACAUAGAUGAUGCACUGCACUGUAGAGAGCUGGACAAUGGAAACCUUGAGGUGGGCGUCCAUAUCGCUGAUGUCAGUCACUUCAUCAGACCUGGAAACGCUAUGGACAAAGAGGCCGCCAAUCGUGGCACCACCGUCUACCUGUGUGGCAAAAGAAUAGACAUGGUUCCUGAGCUCCUCAGCUCCAAUCUUUGUUCCCUACGCUCCAACGUGGAGAGGCUGGCUUUCUCAUGUAUCUGGGAGAUGAACCAUGAGGCAGAAAUUCUAAAGACACGAUUCACAAAAAGUGUCAUUGACUCCAAGGCGUCUCUGACUUAUGCUGAGGCCCAAAUGAGGAUUGAUGACACCUCCAAGAAUGAUGAUAUUACCAAAAGUCUGCGGGGCCUCAACAAACUGGCCAAAAUCCUCAAGAGGCAGAGGAUAGAGAAAGGGGCACUGACACUGUCAUCCUUGGAGGUCCGUUUCCACAUGGACAGUGAAACCCACGACCCCAUUGACCUCCAGACCAAAGAACUCAUGGAGACCAACUCCAUGGUAGAAGAGUUUAUGUUGCUGGCAAAUAUUUCAGUGGCUCAGAAGAUCUUCGAUGAAUUCUCAGAGUGCGCCCUGCUGAGGAAACAUCCAGCACCGCCUCCGUCCAACUACGACGUCCUCCUAAAGGCUGGAAAGUCCAAGCAUGUGGAGAUCCACACAGAUUCGGCCAAAGCUCUGGCCGACUCCCUUGACGUGGCCAAAGUGGACGGCUUCCCAUACUUUAACACGCUACUACGCAUCUUGGCCACUCGUUGCAUGAUGCAGGCCGUCUAUUUUUGUUCUGGCAUGGACAACGAUUUCCACCACUACGGUCUCGCUUCACCCAUUUAUACACACUUCACAUCACCUAUUAGGAGGUAUGCUGAUAUUAUAGUACAUCGCCUGCUGGCUGUGGCCAUAGGAGCAGACAGCACCUACCCAGAUCUGAUGGACAAACAUAAGCAGUCAGCCCUCUGCAACAACCUCAACUACAGACACAAAAUGUCUCAGUAUGCGCAGAGGGCCUCUGUGGCCUUCCACACACAGUUGUUCUUCAAGAGCCGAGGCAUUUUGAACGAGGAAGGAUUCGUACUGUUUGUGAGGAAGAACGCAAUCAUUGUACUCAUCCCAAAGUUCGGCCUGGAGGGAACAGUCUUCUUCGACAGCAAAGACAAAGCGAAACCAAACCUUGUUUUUGACGAAGAGGGUCCCACUCUGGCAGUAGAGCAGCACACCUUCCACAUAUUUGACAAGGUGAAAGUCACCAUCAGUCUAGACGACUCCAACAUUCAGCACCAGAAGAUCCGCAUGGCUCUGAUUGAACCUGUGAUUCCUGGUGUGAGUGUUCCACCUCCAGAUGUUGAGCCACAAGCCAAGAAACCCAAACUGGACCGCUGACACACAGAGCAGCAGUAAAGGACCUGAAACCACCAUCUGAUCAUUUCGAUGAAAAGCUCUUUAGGAACCAGUUUUUGAUGUAUUGACAUUGUUAUGCUGUGAGCAGUCUAAUUUAAUAAGUACCACAGAGAAGCUACACUGCUCCACAUGUACCAUCUGUUCUUACAU